CUUCAAUCAAUAAUUUACCUGGCCCGGUCAUAUCGAUGGCACCUACUCCCUUUUCUCAUCCCCUCGCUCACUUGCCCGUUCUUUCCACGAAAACCGUUGCUGACAAGGGGGUAAAGGGCUCAUUAACGGAUGACAGACAAAGGGAUAGAGGGAGAAAAGCACUAUCAUUCCAUCAGACAGGUGUUAUCAGUCUUCGGAAUAACAGCAGGAACAGUGGGACUCCAGUGAAGGUGACUUUCACUGUCUUAAGAAGCUGACACACAAAGGACAAGAACCGCCUGAGGAAACUUCUACAGAAGUUUGAAUGGCAAUACAGAUUCUUUGUAGAAGUUUGUUCUGUCUCUGAUGUUCGUUUUGAGGCCUUUUCUGUGUUGAAGUUCAUAUUGUCUUUGAAAUUAAAUUGGUCACAAUGUCUGGAGCCACCAGUGAUCAGCUGCACCGAUCAACUUUAACUGUCUAUUCGAACCUGAUGGAGCAUUUCAAUCCUGGCCUCCAGAAGCUUGUUGCUUUAGGAAACAGCUAUGUCAAAGCUUUCCAAGCUUUAGCAGUUUGCAGUGAGGCCUACUUCAGCGCUGUGGCUAAGAUGGGUGACCAGGCCCUUCACACGCUUUCAUCUCGCUCUCUUGGGGAUGUUCUGAUCCAGAUAUCGGAAACACAGAGAAGACUGACGGCAGAGAUGGAAGGAGUGUUUCGAUGGUUCCAGAUAGAAGUGUUGCAAGCCAUGGAGAAGAAUGUCAAACUGGAUGAGGAGUACAUUGAUGGUAGCCGCAGAGUCUAUGAGCUGGAGGUGAGGAACCAGGCCGAGGCUUUGGAGAAACAGCUCAGACGAGGAGCCUACAGAGACUCUCUGGAGAACAGUGAGUAUAUGCAGUACCUGAGGCAGAGCCAGCAGGAGAUCCUGAAGGAGGAGGAGAGGAGGUAUCGCUUCUUGGCAGAGAAACAUUGUGGCCUAACUCAGUCACUACUCUUCCUUAUAAACAAGACUGGUGCAUCUCUCCAGCAGAAGGCAGAUGGAUGGAAGGAGAAAGUGAAUGAGACCAGGGGGUCCAGACCUCGAACUCCCACACAUUUGGAUCAAGAUGCUCAGCUGCGAGGUUCAGUGAGCUCCCUGCUGCAGACAGUAGCCAGAGAUGAAGAUAUGUCCUGGGCCAGGAGGGAGCAGCAGGCACUGGGCAGAGUGCCCUCUAGAGCUCCAUCUCCCCUCCCUAGUCGCUCUCGCUCCAGCUCAGUGGGGGAAUCUCUCGGUCUGGGUGGAGGGAGAGCCAUGAGAGCCCUGGUUUCUCACCCCUCCUCAUCCAACCCAAAGCUUCUGCCUUUCAACAGGGGCGAGACUGUCACCGUACUGGUCCAAGAGCCACGCAACGGCUGGUUGUACGGACGCACUGACAGCAGCCUGCGUCAGGGCUGGUUCCCUGCUGCUUAUGUGGCUCCUGUUGAGGAUUUUUCCAACACAUUAUCAACAAGUGGUGGUUCUCUAAGAAGCCACAGCUUAAACAAUCUGCUGGACCCGACUGACACCCACACUGACCCAUCAGAGAGCAAGAGCUUUGGCGAUGUCCCGCCACCAGCCACUCCCAACCGCAGAGCCUCUGUAGACUUCCGGCCGGUCUCUCCUCUCCCUGAGAAGAAGCUGGAGUCCGUCUUGGAGACAAAGUCAAAUCAGACGAAAAGCUACAACGAACAAACACCUCCGCCUCCUCCCCCACCGCCUCCUCUUCCUACGAGUCACAAUCUUAGAAGGGCUUCUGUAGAUUUUCGACCAAUCUCUCCCCUCCCUGACAGGAAGGGUGAAUCAGCAUAUGAUGUCCAGGCAUUGUCACCCCCUGGGCCACCUGAAAACCCACUGUUUCCCAGAGGCACAAACCCAUUCGCCACCGUAAAGCUUCGCCCCACGACGACCAAUGACAGAUCUGCUCCACACAUCCUCUGAUCCGACAGCACUCAUGCAGGCAGGGUUUGUAACCGAGGCUGCCAGAUCAGGUUGUGGGGGCAGGAUGUGCAAUUUUUUUUGUUUUGGGAGAAUGUAAUGACAUCUCUGAAAUAUGAAGGCUUUGAGAGGGGCAGAAGAAGGUUGGUGAGGUUUUUUUUUGUACAGUGUUAGAUAACAUGAGAUUUUUCAAGUACCAAAAGCAAAAGUGAUACUGUAGAACAUCUAAAUAGUUUAAAAUCACAACCAUACACUUUUGAAGUAGUUGUUUUAUCAACUCUUUGUACAGUAUUAAAGUUUGUAUAGAGAUAGGUGUAGAGAUAGAUAGUUAUAGUAAAAUGUUUUUGGCAUUUUUGUAAAUAUGUGUACUGGCUUACUUCCUGAGAAAAAAGAUUGAUGCAACUCUUAUAUCCAUUUGCUAAAUAUGAAGCUACAGCCAGCAGCUCGAUAUUUAAAACAAAGACUGACAACUGGGGGAAACAGCUUAAAUGUGGCUUCCACAUUUUCUUGUUUUUGUUACCUCUAGACAGAGCCAGGCUAAACCUUUCCCCUGUUUCCAGUUGUUAUGCUAAGCUGCACUGCCUUGCUGCUGGCUCCAGCAAAGAUUUAGUGCAAGUAAUAUUAAUCUUUUCAUCUAAAUGUAGGCAAGCAGAACAAAUAAUUUAAUUUCCCAAAAUCUCAAACGAUUCCUUUUAGCUAAUAAUAUCACAUGGAGAUUUCUUCACUUAAGGUGUCAUGUGUCUUGCUCUCUGCUUUGCUGAUUUUUUUCAGUGAUGUCUCUCUAAUCAGAAUGUUUCGUUCGUGUGUACAGAUCUGACUUGACAGAUCUGAAAAUCAAAAUCUGACUUUAUGUUUAAUCCUAAAUUCAUUACGAUUCAUAUGGACUCUCUCACAUGUCAGUAAUAGUUGUCCUUUAAGGUUUAACUUCAGCUAUAGCCUCUCACUUUGUGUUUCUAAAUUUGUCAUCCUCUUCACUGUCUUGUGAUUGACAUGCUUUGCAAUGUUCGGUGCAUUAUGAAUUUUGAGUUUUGUGUUUUUGUGUUCUCUGUGAGUAACAAAAAGUAAAGAGACAGUUAUUACUCAAGUUUUUUUAUUAUCAUUUCUUAUUCAGAUCUUUUCUCUCUUUACAGCUAUCCUUAUAUAUCAUAUUAUUUACUACAUCAUCUGAUCGGAGUCAGGGAGAGUGGAGGAGGAGGAGAUAGAGCAGAGGAGGUGAGGUGAAGGAAGGUGGAUGAGGAAGAGGAGUGGGAGGAAAGUGCACUGAUAUGUGAACAUCUAGAAGUAAAACCAAUCAGACAAGAUGCACUACCUGAAAUACACAGAGGAAGGAAAUUAAGAUUUAAGAA